AUGGGACAAAGGUCGUCAGUUCAACAACCUGGCGCUGAUGUUGCUCACAGGCCACGUACCAGUUCCGAUAUUUCCAACGGUUUGGCUUCUAGGCACCAAAGACAUAGAAGCAACAAUCAACGCUCAAGGUUCCAACAGAAUGAUACGUCUUCUUCCUCAUCGUCCCCUUCAAAUAGAACCUCAACUGAUGAAGAUAAUAGGAGUGAAGAGGAUGGGGCUGGCGAUCUUAAUUUUGCUUCUAUUCUGAUGAGCCAUCUUGGCCUUAGCUCAGGUGUUUCACCAUCAACAACUGGGUCUUCUAAUUCUGCUCAACGUACUAAUGUUCGACGUAGUGAAGGAGGGAGUACACUAAAUAACGGGUUCUUCCACAACAGAAACCCUAGAACUAAUCGCUUUGGUGGUAGUCAAAGGUCUCGUCGUGCUUUGGUUAGUAACUCAACCUCUUCUGCAGGGGAAUUAUUGUCUAGUGGACGUCUCGAAGCUUUAUUACGUGGAAUGGAAGAUAGCCUUUCUGUUUCAAAUUCUGCUUCUAGCAGUUCAAUGCGGGUGAUGGGAACACAGAAACAACAGGCAGCGUUGGGCCGUUUGCGUCAAUCUCUUCCACUUUUGCAGUUAAUUGGUCGUGAUAUAAAAUGUCCAGUGUGCCAUAAAAUUGUGCCUUUAAAAGAUGUAGAGAUGCAUUUGGUUAUGUGUUUUACUAGACCAGUGCUUUCUUACAAUGAUGAUGUUUUAACCGCUGAUAAAGGGGAAUGUUCCAUUUGUUUGGAGGAUAUGUCUGAGGGAGAUAAUAUUGCUCGAUUGCCUUGUCUAUGUAUUUAUCACAAAAUUUGCAUCGAUGAAUGGUUUAAAAGGAAGAAUACUUGUCCUGAACAUCCACCAGUUGAGGAUGACUAA